CUGACUGGCAGCCAAAGGGAAACACCUUAUCUUAUCUCGGAUUUAUGCAAAUAUUUCAAGGCUCAGCAUGCCUCUGUCCGUCUGGAGGAGGAAAAGGGAAGAAAUCAUUUCCAGGAGGGAGGUGCUACCAUCAAGUCCGUGUCAAAAGUUACUGUACUUCGCUUCGGAAACAUUAACGGGAGUUUGAAGAGACUUCUGUCGACAGAUGGGACACGGAGAGACGGACACGAGCAGUAAGUCUGUCGAUGAACACCACCCUGCAACUGUGUUCCACGUCUUCUAUGCUGCUGAAAAAAGUCCCAAAUGCUCCAGGAUGGAUCAGGUACUCCCCAGCCCGAGCUCAGCGUCUCAACUGCUGGAACCAGACAGCGAGGAGCUCCAGCUCAGAGUGGACUUCUUCAGGAAACUGGGUUACCCCUCAGACGAGGCGAUGGCUGCCCUGAGGAAGCUGGGCCUGAGCACAGACACUAACGCGGUGCUGGGAGAGCUGGUUCGGAGCAGGACGGGCACUACGCCCUGCUUGUCCGGUUCUGACGGUGACGAGAGGAGCACAGGGCAGAAGGACCCUCUGCUGCCGGCCAGCUGGGCUGCUGGACCCUUCAGAGUCACACCACAACUGGGAGAACGGAAGAACACAGACACAGAAUUGAGGCCUGUUGUUAUUGAUGGCAGCAAUGUUGCCAUGAGCCACGGCAACAAGGAAGUGUUUUCAUGUCGAGGCAUCCAGCUCGCAGUGAACUUCUUCUUGGAUAGAGGUCAUAACACCAUUACCGUGUUUGUUCCCAGCUGGCGCAAAGAGCAGCCCAGACCUGACGCCCCCAUAACAGAUCAACACAUCUUGACGGAGCUUGAAAAACGGAAAAUAGUGGUCUUUACUCCGUCGCGACGCGUUGGUGGCAAGCGAGUGGUUUGCUAUGACGACCGCUUUAUCAUCAAGUUGGCGUACGAGUCCGAUGGAGUGAUCGUAUCCAAUGACACCUACCGUGACCUCCAAGGAGAAAGACCCGAGUGGAAGAAAUGCAUCGAGGAGAGGCUCCUAAUGUUCUCCUUUGUGAAUGACAAGUUCAUGCCCCCAGAUGACCCUCUGGGUCGCCAUGGCCCCAGCCUUGACAACUUCCUUCGGAAAAAGCCUCUGCCAACGGAGCAAAAGAAGCAGCUUUGUCCAUAUGACAAAAAGUGCACUUACGGCAUCAAAUGCAAGUUCUACCAUCCAGAGCGGUCGAACCAGUCCUACCUGUCCUUGGCUGAUGAAUUGAGAGAGAAAGCCCAGAUUUCUACUGCAAAAGAAGAACGAAAUGCCAGAUUAUCACCCAAACAGCUUCAGUCUGAUCCUGGGCCUGCUCACAAUGCCUUUUCCCACCCUCAAGACUCUAACGCAGACCACGUAAGAGACAGGCAAAGUUCUUCACAUCCCGGCCAGGUUUAUGAAAAUGCACUGCUGUACUGGGAGGAUCCUAGAAAAAGUCAAAAUCGUAUGCCCUGUGCUGUAACAGGAAGCCAGUGUCAGAAAGAGUGGCCUGGGCUGCACACUGUGCCCAAUCAUUACUAUGCCAACAUCUCUCAUGACUACCUGGAUUCUGGCCUCGGCUCUUACGACAGUCAGUACUCUGACUUUUCGCAUUGCCUCAGCAACUCCCACAGGCACAAGCCCCAGCAGCAAAGUUCCCUAGCUGGACCCAUACAUGCCCCAGUGCAGUUAGAGAAAAAUAACACCAGCCAGUCUUGCAGGUGCUGUUCCCAUGUAGUGCCCUCAACAGCGCACCAACGACAUCACCGACACCAAAACUAUAAGGGUCAACCUGAAUACGACACCUACCCUCCUCACAUGUUCCCGCCUGGUUUACCCCACCCCAAUAGCCUCCCCAGCCAGCUCCAUUACAGUGGAGCCCCACAUCAUCACCAAAGUUACUGGUCAGAUCCUUUUCAGGGGCUGCCCCAAGCCAGGUCCGGUAGUCUCCCCUGUUCGGCCCAUUCCUCACACUCCCACAACUCAUGUGGCUCUUACAAAGGCCACCAGUACAACUCCUGGGGCCAGCAGCAGUCCACCUCUCCUGCAUUUGACUCAAAAAGGUUGGAGCUCCGCAAGAAUCUGCAAGCCAUCUUCAACCCGCAACAGGUGGAUACAGUCAUGGAAAUGUUUCCUCAUGUGAUGAAUGCAGAGAAACUGGCUGCAGAGAUCCUCAACCUGAAGGCUCAGAGAGGGAUAUUCUGAUAGUCCCUCUGAUUACUUUCUUGCCUUGCAUCCUCUUCAGUCAGAACUAACAUGACACUUGUGUUGACUCACUGUCAUGGCAAACAGGCAGACUCUUGAGAACCUUUUGUAAUGUCUGUAGAGGAGUGAUUUGAAACCUCAUUGAAGAGAUGACUCUGUGUAACGUGCUAUCACAUUGCCUUCCUAUUCAUGAACAGUGGAGCCAAUCUUUUAAAUGCAUUCAUAUGACAGUGUAGUCAAAUGUGACCUUGUCAUCCAGUGUUUUGGAUGAAAAGUGCCUCUAGAUGAAAAGUUCUAGAGUUUUGACUGUUGAUGCAUAUUGUGUCAAAUGUGAUUUAUUUUAAUCUUUGUCCCAAAAUAAGUUCUCAAGCAUUUAGGGAAUCACUGUAUAAGGGCAUGUUUCCACAUAGCAUUCUUCUUUUGCGGAAAAGCUAUGCAAGUGCACUGAAGAGCCUUUCAUCCUAGCACUUUUUAAAUUUUUCGCAUUUGCAUGUGAGUUUGGUUUCUAUGACAAUACCUUGACAGAGGGGUGACGACACAGUCAACCCUAACCCUAACCCCAACAACAAGCAUACAACGCGUAUGGUGGUUAAAGCACAACAUUCACCAGCAACAAUGAGUGUCCGCCAACUGAUCUGCUCCCACAAAUGCACUUUUGCGUCUUAGUUUCUGACUGGCAUAUCACGCAGUAGCUAAAGGAGCAGCAUUGACGGCACUAGCACCUUUCUGAAAAGUUCAGAGAUUUUCAACUAGAGGCGCUCAGAGCACAAAAAAGCCAGAGCGCUCAAAAAAAAAGACUCACUUUCCCAUACGCACUCUUUUCAUUGGGAAUAAGUGGAAAAAGAAGUCGUCACUGAGGAAAAAAACACUAUGAGGACACAGGCCCUAAAGUAUUUUUUUUCUUUUACUUUCACUGUAGUUCUCCAGAACAGCUUGUUGUAGUUCAAUAUUAUCUCUGUGAGGUGUUGCUAAAGUAUGAUUAAGUAUAGUAGCUCAGUGCAUUUAGUUGGUGUCAAUCCAGCCGGAGAUCCAGACUCUCAAAUUGUACUUACACAAUGUCCUGAUCUAACAAGCAAACUGAGAAGAAGGCUUUGACUCCAGCAAAAGGAAUUUGCUGGUGUGUCAUCACCCUUUCCUGUAAAUCUGCAUCAGUUUGAUGAAACAUUGUCAGAACAAGUGUUGCUGUAUUACAUCGCAUGUAUUUGGUGACUGUGAUUGCAAAAUGAAACUGUAAAAUUUUGGAAUUUAGUUCUCAGGAACAUGCAGAUUUAUGUUCUCUUAGAAAAUCCAUUUGUAUAUAUUGUGAGAUAAAUUCAUAACAUGUCUUGAAAAAAAAAUGUCAUUAAAAAUAAAAAAUGAAAUGUCA